UCUGGGCACAUUUCUUCCAGCAACCAAGAAUGAAACACUGCGUAUGUCUAGGUUUGACUGUAGUCCUCGCAUUAGCGACAGGAACAUCAGCCUUGUCCAGAUACAAGCCUUUUACGAAUUGUGACGACGAACGAAUAGUCCAUAGGUUUACGGUAAUAGAUUACAUUUGGCCGAGCGACACAGCACGAGAGCAUGCUCUUGAAAAGGAAGAUUACAUUCCGCAUAACAAUAUCAUUAGUGGAAUGAAAACAUAUGACAACAAAGUCUACGUCACUGUUCCAAGAUGGCGGCGAGGUGUUCCAUCAACACUCAACAAAGUCAUUGUUAGGAACGGAACGUCGAUGCUACAGCCGUUUCCAAGCUGGAAGAUGCAGAAGAUUGGAGACUGUCGCGCUCUUCAAUUUGUUCAAAGUAUGGAAAUAGACCCAAAUACAGGCUGGAUGUGGAUCAUUGACACCGGAAGAAUCAACUUCUUCGCCGCUGACGGAACAGCCACAAAAAAUGUCUGUCCGGCUAAAAUUGUGAUAUACGAUAUUAAUAAAAUGGAAGAAGUUACUCGUCAUGAAUUUCCAAAUCAUGUAGCCGAUCGCAAUGUCACAUUUCUUAAUGACAUUGUCGUGAUGUAUAGCGGAUCACGUCCAAGAUAUGCGUUCAUUUCAGAUACGUUCGCAUUCCGAAUGGUCGUAUAUGACAUGAUUCGAAACACCUCUCAUUUCUUCUCUCAUCCGUCCAUGCUACCCGAACCAGGCAACGGAAACAUCACAAUAAUGGGAGAAACACUAUCUUUGUCGGCCGGUAUAAAUGGGAUAGCAAUGUCAUCGGACAUGAAGUUUAUUUACUUUGGUUCAAUAUCUGGGUACAGUGUGUAUCAGAUUCCAUCACGUGUUGCGCGUAACCCACAUGGGAACUUUGCAAGAUAUGUCCGGAAGGUUGGCGUCAAGCCGUCUCAGGGAGAGGGAAUGACGUACAGCAGAAGUAACCAUUUAUAUUUCUCCGACCUAACUUCGAAUUCUAUCAACAGAUGGGACAUCGACCAAGAUAGAAAAAUUCAACGAAAGUCCUUCCAAAGGGUGGCGAUGAAAUCCGUUUCCGAAGUAUUGUCAAGCAAUACAUGUAUGAACUUUGUCGAUACUUUGACAUUUGACACAGAGGGAUAUCUAUGGUUUACAGUUAACAAGCUACAUAAGUACAUCUUAACGUCUAUGGACUUUACCGGAAGUAGUGGGCCUAACGUCUUGAUAUGGAAGGUCUACGUAGGAGAAGUCGGGUACCUAGACCGUCGAAGAACAAUUAAAUUAGCGCCAUGUGGACGCCGUUGUGGACCAAAUGAACGCUGUGACGUCGGAACCAACCGGUGCGUGUGUAACCAUGGAUACAUGAGAUACAACAGAAAAACAUGCCAACUUCCAUGUGAUGGACGAUGCGGUUCAUUCCCACAUUCCCAUUGUGACCACAGCACGAACAGAUGCACGUGUGACCCCAGAUGCACCGGAACUCCAUACGGCGGUGCACGUGCUGGAUGUAUAUGUGAACAACGUGGUAGUGGCCGAUAUUAUUAAACCUGAAAAGACAAUACUUAUCUGUUUUUUACAUAAUGUUAAAAUAAAUAUGUAUAUGUCUCAGCAUGUAUUUAA